AUGUACAAACCCAAAGCAAGCAGACAUCCCAUGAUUUACAGCAAGGAGAAUGAGUGGGCCAUCAUCGACGACGAAGAGGAGGAGGAGAAGGAGAGGCAGCGGCUGAGGCAGGCCGAGCGCCUCAAGGUCGGAUGCUUCGUCGCCGCCCUCACUGUCGUUCUCGUGCCCACGAUCUGCGGUUUCGUGUGGUGUUGCCGCCGCUCUGCCCGAUGA